AUGCCCCCCGUUGUGAUUCAGGUUGGAUCCUGCAUUUUCAAGUUUGGACUCGCCGGCGAGUCCGUGCCUUUGACCACACUAGAGACUAGUGAAUUCGCCCAUAAACGACAUAUAGACGUUCUUCCCAACGAGUACUCUUCAGAGGAAAACAGAGCCAUAUCAAAACUUGAAUACCUAUUCCACCCCAAUAUUCUGGAUUUUAAGCCAGGAAAUGACUUACACUCCUUUGAAUACACAAUGAAUCUCCAUAUAUUCGAUAUUCUUCAUUACAUGUUUAAAAAACUCCGAAUCAACGCGGUCAAUGCCAACGUGGUCCUCGUGGCCAACAGCAUGCUCAACCAAAAAUACAGAGACAUUCUGCGAUACCAACUGCUCGAAAAGUUGCAUGCAAAAAGCACUGUCUUCCUUGAAGAGCCAUUGAUGGCCACGCUAGCCGCAGGGACAAGAUCGGCGCUUGUGGUAGAUCUAGGCUGGCAUUUUGCGCUGGUCGAGCCCGUGUACGAUCUCCGGGUACUAAGGAACCACUCCAAGUGGUCCAAAAGGGGAGCAAAAUGGCUGAGCUUGAACAAUGUCGAUGUGGACCUGCUAUUUGACACUAAUGACGACAUUUAUGAAAACGACGAGAAAACACCAUCGCAGCUGCUGAUCGAGUUGUACCACGAGUUACCGAUCGACCUGCGCAAACCGCUUUACGAAACCAUCAUCUUUGCCGGCGGGCUGGCCAAAAACGAACAGCUGAUCCAAACUAUUUUGCAGAAUUUGAAGGCAGAAAACAUCCAUGCCUCGUCGGUGGUCUCAUUGGGCGCAUGGGCGGGCGCCAGCAUAUACACAGACACUGUGCUUUCAAAGGACGGCAAUUGGAACUCGAUGGGCAGAAUAAAACGGGAAAACUAUAUUACACUUUGA